UAUCCUUACGACCAAAAACGCGAGUCUUUGCACCAGCAAGUUGAAGAAAGAGAAUCGUUUCUUCUCAGCCGAAGAAUCUCCUAAAUUCAAUCCAAUACAACAAAUUCUCAUUUCCUUGUCCUGAUACUCGUAUAUCCCACCAAUUUCCCCCAGAAAAUUCCCAAUUAUUUUCCCAGAAAAUUCACAACUUUCCCGAGAAAAUCAGGCCCAGGUUCCCAAAUCCGAAAAUGAUGACAAUCAAAGACCCAAGUCUCGCAAUUGACUAAUCGGGUAGCGCCAUUUACUUCUCCAAUAUCCCUGAGGAUGUCCAGCUCUGCAUCAUCUCCUUCCUCACGCCUUCUGAGAUCGCCAGCUUGGCCUGCACAUCAGAGCGGUUUGUUUCGCGCUGCAAAUCCAACGACAAGCUCUGGUUCAACAUGUGCGAUCGUAGGUGGGAUUGCAAAUCAGACGGCAAUUAAGGAGAUAUUGGAGAAAGAUCUAGGAUUGGAUGCGAUCAUACAAGUUACUAAAGUAUUGUUUCCUCUUUUAGAACAGAAGAUUGGCAACUAUAGUUACAUACGAAAAGUAUAUCUUUUCUAAACAUGUGUUGGUUUUUCGAGUCGCCUGGCUCAUAGACUUGCAGUUUUUGGUCAUAUGGAUAGAAUCGAUACCACAUAAGCUAUUCUACAGAGAUGUAUUCUUUGCUGCAAUUUAUUUUUUCAGAACGAUCUUUUACGAAGUUUUACCAUAUGGAGUGAUAGAUAUAAAGAUGACCAAAUGACUGAUAAAAUUAAAGAUGGCUGAAUGAAACCAUGGAAGCGGUGGAAUGCAGGUUCCGCUGUACAAGUAAAAGGCUGAACGUUUAAGUAAUUCAAUAUGCAACUUAAGGCAAGAAGAGCGAAGGUAAAAAACCCCGACUCCUCCUAAAACCCCAAAAUCACUAGCAUGGUGGGCCCCAUAUUCCUCCGCCGACUCCUCCUCCUCCUCCGUCCACCACCGUCCUCCGCCGAGUUCGGCAGCGCGAGAAUAUGCUUCUCAGCCUUCUACAACUGCCGAUCUUACGCCGCCACCUCUGAAACAAUUGACGAAGAGAAAGAAAAGGGCGGUAAAAAAUGGUUCACUUUACCUCCGUUCACUGCCGCCGUAAACGGCGCCGCUGUGGGUAAAGAGCUCUCUCGUAAUCGUUCAAACGGCGGCAGAGGUACAAUCCCAAAUACUGCCUCUGCCGCCGCCGCCUACACCACCACCACGACGGCGCUUAAAUGGGUUACUCGGUGCUGCCCGGAGCUUCCUAGAAGCCUCGUUCAGAAGCUCUUUCGCCUUAGACAGGUUCGAAGAGAAUCAUGUUCUGGUCAAGCUGUUGAAGCAAAUGAGCGCCCAAUUAAAAGGGUGGCGGCUAAAGAUUCCAUGAACAUAGGAGAUCGAAUACAUCUUCCUUUUAGUGUGCAAGAGUUCCCUGCUGACAAGCACGAGUCGUCCAAUUAUAAACAAGAAUGUCAUUGUAGUGAAGAAGAAAUCAACUUUAUCCGGAGCCUGGAGUUGUAUAAGGAUCCAGCCAUCAUUGUCAUCAAUAAACCCCCUGGAAUGCCUGUUCAGGGUGGGAUUGGAAUCAAACGAAGUUUAGAUAAACUGGCUACCGCUUGUUUGAGUUAUGACUUGUCAGAACCCCCUCGGCUGGUACAUAGACUUGACCGAGAUAGUAGUGGUCUCCUGGUGAUGGGAAGGACACAAACAAUUGCGGCUGUUCUGCAUUCCAUCUUCCGUGAGAAAACUGUUGGAGCAUCAAAUGAUGUAACUGACGAUGCAAAAAGAAUUCUGCAAAGAAGGUAUUGGGCGCUUGUCAUUGGAUCUCCCAGGCAACGUAAAGGAUUAAUCUCAGCACCUCUGGUAAAGGUGGUGGUGGACAAUGGUAAAUCGGAGAGAAUCACGGCUGCGAAUGAUUCACAAACUUUGUCAUCUCAGCAUGCCAUUACAAAAUACAAAGUGAUUGGAUCAUCAUGUCCUGGUUUCACAUGGCUAGAGCUAACCCCUCUUACUGGCCGAAAGCAUCAGCUGCGUGUACACUGUGCGGAGGUUUUGAGAACACCAAUAGUUGGAGACUACAAAUACGGGUGGCAAACUCAUAGGAACUGGAAACCUUUAUCUUCGUCUAAUACUGAAUCUCAUUGGAAUGAGGAGCUUCACCCAAGAAGAAACCUCCCUUUUGAUCUGAAUAUGGACGGUGGAAGUAUCUCCGAAAAGACACCCCGCUUGCAUCUUCAUUGUAAGCAAAUGGUUUUGCCUAAUGUGCAUCUGGCUUUGCAAAACGUGAAGCUGCAUUCAGAUUGUGAUCUUUCUGAACUAGAAAGCCUAGAGUUGGUUGCUCCUCUACCUUCAUACAUGCAAAGAAGUUGGGAUAUUACAAAUUAUUAAGCUACAACGAGAAUUUUCGAAGCUUUCUUAUUUAUUUAAUUAUAUUAUUAUUGUUUGAUUCAA